CAGGGGAAGGAUUGGCCGAGUCGAGCCGUGAAUGGGGAGAAUGCCAGCAGGAAUAGAACAUACCGUGAAGGUUGAUGGUGGCAAAUCGGUUUGGUUUAUUUUUGUGAAAUUUCCAUACAAAGCUAUUGGAAACCAAGAUACCAAGUGAAAGUGAUUUAUUGAGACUUGGAUCCCUAAAGUAUUGUUUAAUACGUUAUCAAGUAAAUUCCUGGUAUCUAGAUUUUAUCUCGCUACGUAAUUAAUUUCUAUGACAAAAGCGAGUGUAGACUAAUCGCUUGUCGGAGCUGGAGCUGAGAUUUCGUAGAUGUGACCCCGCUAGGACACAAAGAAACGCAAACACUGAUAGUGAUAACCGGGAAUCUGUGGAACCCCAACGGAACUCCCGAGUGUGGAUGUUCUUACGCAUUUUCUUCCGUUAGUGCUGCAACGAUCAAGAAAUGAGUACACUAAACAAAUCCGCUGGACCGGCUGAGAACGGCGCCGUACAUAACGAGCGAGUUGUAAUCCUAGACGCGGGGGCACAGUAUGGCAAGGUUAUCGAUCGGAAGGUACGCGAGCUUCAAGUGAAAUCCGAAAUUCUACCACUAGAAACGUCUGCCCAGCAACUGAAAGAACUCGGAUACCGGGCAAUUAUCAUUUCUGGAGGGCCAAACUCCGUCUACGACGAGGAUGCUCCCCUGUAUGAUCCGGAUAUAUUUAAUAUUGGGUUGCCCGUUCUAGGAAUUUGCUAUGGAAUGCAAAUAAUCAACAAGGAAUUUGGUGGUUCUGUUCAUAAAAAAGAUGUUCGCGAAGACGGCGAACAUACCAUCGAAGUAGAGGCAACAUGUCCGCUUUUCAAUCGUUUGACGCAAGUGCAAACAGUGCUGCUAACACACGGAGACAGUAUCGAUCGGCUUGGUGCGAAACUGAAAGUAAGCGCGUACUCUUCCAACAAGAUUGUGGCUGGUAUCUAUAAUGAGCAGAUGCGAAUUUACGGACUUCAAUUUCAUCCAGAGGUGGAUCUAACUGUAAACGGCAAGCAGAUGCUGUCAAACUUCUUGUUCAACAUCUGUGGCUUGACGCAAAGUUUCACUAUGCGAAAUCGACAGGAGGAAUGUAUUGCCUACAUCAAAGAACGCGUGGGAACAAGUAAAGUAUUGAUGUUAGUAAGUGGCGGCGUGGACUCCACAGUUUGCGCGGCUCUUCUUCGAAACGCCUUAAAGCCCGAACAGGUCAUCGCAGUCCACAUUGAUAACGGUUUUAUGCGUAAAGACGAGAGUGCUGCCGUGGAGAAAUCACUCCGUGAGCUAGGUGUCGAUCUGCUGGUGAAGGAUGCCUUCUAUAAAUUUUCAAGGGGUACAACCACUAUCAAAGUUCCCGGUUCGCUGUACAAUCAGGAUACACUGAUGCUGUGCCAAACCAUAAGUCCGGAGGACAAACGUAAGAUCAUCGGUGAUGUGUUCGUCAAAGUGUCCAACGAAAUACUGAAAGAGCUGAACCUCAACUCCGAAGAAGUGUUCCUAGCUCAGGGCACGCUGCGUCCGGAUUUAAUCGAAUCGGCAUCGGCUCUGGUUAGCUCAAAGGCAGAUACCAUAAAAACUCACCACAACGAUACAGAAUUAAUCCGACAGUUGCGAGAGGCCGGGCGAGUUAUUGAACCACUACAAGAUUUUCAUAAGGACGAGGUGCGACAGCUUGGCUAUGAACUGGGACUACCAGCACACUUGGUCGAACGACACCCAUUUCCUGGUCCCGGACUGGCUAUUCGAGUUCUCUGUGCUGAGGAGGCAUUCAUGAAGGAUUAUUCUGAAACACAGGUUAUAGCGAAGGUCAUCGUGGACUACAAGAACAAACUGGAACAGACACAUGCGCUCUUGAAUCGUGUUUCCAGUACAACAAGCAAGGAGGAACAAGAAGAAUUAUGUCGCAUUUCGAGUAGCAUGCAUCUUAAUGCCACGUUACUGCCAAUUCGAAGUGUGGGAGUUCAAGGUGAUAAACGAUCGUACAAUUAUGCAGUCGGUCUCAGCAGUAAAGAUCAACCAAAUUGGCAGGAUAUGAUGUUUCUAGCCAGGCUUAUACCGCGUAUCCUGCAUAAUGUGAAUCGAGUGUGCUACAUCUUUGGGGAUGCUGUUAAAUAUCCAGUACAGGAUAUAACUCACACUCUACUGACACAGAAUGUUGUAGCGCAGAUCCGACAAGCGGACAGUAUCGCUAACAGGAUACUCUUAGAAAACGAAUGUAUGCGAAAGAUAUCACAGAUGCCCGUUGUUCUGAUACCCGUGCACUUUGAUCGUGAUCCAGCACCUAAAACACCAUCCUGCCAGCGAUCGGUCGUGUUGAGACCUUUUAUCACGAAUGACUUCAUGACGGGACUACCAGCGGUGCCUGGCACAGACCGAUUGCCAUUACCGGUUCUGCAAAAAAUGGUCGAUGAAAUUGGUAACCUAAACGGGAUUUCGCGAGUCCUGCUAGAUCUGACCUCGAAACCACCAGGUACCACCGAAUGGGAAUGAUUAUGUGACCUGUGACAAGCUAGCUGCGAUUGUUCGUACCACCCGCUUCCUACUGAGCUGCAGUGAUCCAACCAAUCUGUUAUAUUUUGAAAAGAGUGGCACAGUCUGACGGCAUUUGACGAUUUCUACACAACCGUAACAUUGUUCUGAGUGAGUGAUCGGCAUAACUGGCAAUUAUUGAUUGUAAAAAUAAAAAAAAAAUGCGUUAGAAUAUUUUGCUCUAGAAUGUUGAUAUAGGAAUCUGAUAUUGUAUGGAAUUGUAUGAUUUUGUACGAACACGGAGAAAAAGAAAUAGAUAAACUACAAAAUUCGAAAUCAUCAUCGGUUAAUAUUCAGUAAAUAAAAGCUACUAACUUCGUUUAUUUUCAGCAACCUCCAUAUGACAAAAGAACGGCAUGUCACUAAAAUUAAAGCUUAUUAGUAUUUUGUAAAACAUCGCAUCAUGCUGUAGUUGCAAACAUAGCUCAUGCGAAUAGAACGACAACUGUAAUAAAGCAAACAAUUUAA